UUGUUUGUUUCGCCGACACCGACAAUUUCAAGUUCUUUUUAUAGCGUGCAACUUAAACAAAUACGCAUUGUUUACCUUAGCGUAAGAUAAAAGAAAAAAGCCGUUCGUCGAGAUAGCUCGACCAUUUCUUAGCCAUAAUGUCCGGCACUAUAUUAGAAAACCUGAGCGGACGAAAACUGUCCAUAUUGGUCAGUUGUUUGCUGCUUUGUCAAGUUGCUUGCUUUCUCGUAGGAGGCCUAUAUGCACCUCUGCCGUCUGGCCUCCAGACAGCAUUGGGCAUUAGAUGCCGCGACACUCCAGGACGCCAAAACGACACAAAUUAUUUUCUAUACUCUCGUGGUAAAGGCUCUUGCAACCAGGUCCAGGAUAAUGAAAUAGAACAAGAUCCGCUGAAGAUGGCCAAUCAACUAGUGUACGUAUUCCAAAUGCCCUUGCCGCGCGACAAUCGUGUGCUGGACUACACGCGCUGGCAGCAGAAUCUAAUUGGAGUGCUGCAGGUGGAUAUUGCCUAUGACUCAUCUACGGAGCUACGUGAGCCACCCAAGGAGCUGCAGCUAACUAUAGAUACACGGCUGGCCUAUCGCAAUAAGAAAGAUGCUGACAGCGACUGGAAGCUAUAUGCGCAUAGUAUCGAGCAACGCUACCUAGACUGUCAUGCAGCCCAUGUGGGUCUUCAAGAGACGCUAUACCAUUGCGAUAUGAUACCACUAUUUGAGCUUGGUGCACUGCAUCAUAGUUUCUAUCUCCUCAACUUGCGUUUUCCUGUGGAUACGCCCAAGCAGUUGAAUCUACAAUUUGGACACAUGCACGAUAUUCAACUGACAGCCAUUCAUCAGAACGGCGGCUUCACCAAGGUCUGGCUGCUACUAAAGACCUUGCUCUGUCCCUUUUUGGUGGGCAUUAUGUUAUGGUUCUGGCGUCGUGUACAUAUUCUACAACGCAAACCCGCUCUGCUGGAGUACAUGCUACUCUAUUUAGGCGGCGCUCUUACUUUCCAGAACCUGCCACUCGAGUAUUUGUCGCUAAGCAUGGAGAUGCCAUAUAUGUUGCUGCUGGGCGAUGUGCGCCAGGGCAUCUUUUAUGCUAUGCUGCUCUCCUUCUGGCUGGUAUUUGCCGGCGAGCAUAUGCUAAUACAGGAUUCGCCCAACAAAUCUACCAUUCGCUCACGUUACUGGAAGCACCUCUCGGCUGUAGUAGUUGGCUGCAUCUCUCUAUUUGUAUUCGAUAUAUGUGAACGCGGAGUGCAGCUGCGUAAUCCAUUCUAUUCCAUCUGGGCCACACCAGUCGGCGCCAAAGUAGCCAUGAGCUUCAUUGUGCUUGCAGGUGUCUCGGGAGCCAUCUACUUUCUCUUUCUCUGCUUCAUGGUCUGGAAAGUCUUCAAGGAUAUUGGUGAUAAGCGCACCUCGCUGCCAUCAAUGUCUCAGGCACGACGUCUACACUAUGAGGGUCUUAUCUACCGCUUUAAAUUUCUUAUGCUGGCCACGCUCCUUUGCGCUGGAUUAACCGUUGCCGGCUUUUUUAUGCGCCAAAUGAACGAGGAGCAAUGGAAAUGGAAUAAUGUGGAACUGCAGCUAACAUCCGCUUUACAUACGGGUGUCUACGGCACGUGGAACGUUUACAUCAUAGCGCUGCUCAUCUUGUAUGCGCCCAGCCAUAAGCAAUGGCCCACGAUGCGUCACAGCGACGAGACAACGCAGUCCAAUGAAAAUAUUGUGGCAUCUGCUGCCAGCGAGGAAAUCGAGUUCAGUCAUCUGCCCUCUGAUUCGAACCCCAGUGAGAUAUCCUCGUUGACAUCUUUCACGCGCAAGGUGGCAUUUGAUUAAGAUUAAACAGGAGGUUUUAACUAGAU